CAGUUCAGAAUAGUUGGUUGAAAUAUCCAGAACUUCGUGAAACAGACACAAUUUUUGGAGUUUACCCACCUUCGUUUGAACCCUCGAAAAAGUAGAAACUCACGACGUUUCCCCAGUCUUUUUUGGUUGCUCUAUCUCGAUUUUGAUAGAGUAAAUUUUUCAUAAAAACUCCAUCCCAUCAUCAACUUUCAACAACUCAUCUUCAUUCACAGUAUUUAACUCAAUUUCGUGACUUUCGUUCAGUAUCACAUCUCAAUAAGAAUACCAGUAUGCGGAAGUAUUUUUCCAUGGUGAAUGAACGAGUGGUCAAAACGGCCUUUUUGCUGGUGUUGCUCAUCAACGUCUUGUACUUUGUUAGGGUGUAUUCUUCUGAAGAAAUCCAGCUCACACGUGCUGCUCUUGCUCAUGCUGCUUCUACAGUCUUUUCCACUGACGACCAGAUCGAGUUCCCCAAGGACGUUCCGUUGGAACAGAUUACAGAUUCCAAGCAGAGAGUCUCGUAUCUUUUGCACGAAGUAGACGAGAACAAAGAUGGCAAUUACUGGUUGGCCCAUACGAACGUGAAACACUCGAGUUUGAAAAUCAAGCCCAGCGACUUUUUGCCAUCUGAUUCUCCUAAUUGGCUGAAUCGCCCCGAGCUUUUCUUUGAUCCCAGGUUCACCCUUUCAAUCUACUUAGAUGAGUUAAAGCACCAGUUGUUGAGUAGAAACCCCAAAAAUGAGAAGUCUCUCGACUCUGUGAUCCUGAUGCCAUUUGCAUGGUCGGACUGGGUCGAUUUGACAAUGCUUAACGAAGAGUUGUCGAAACCUGUUGAUGAACGCAGAGACUGUGAAUGGCUUCAAUCUCAAGUAAAUAAGCCUACAAAGAGACCAUUUUUCUGUGUAAACCUUAAGGAUGCCACGGAUGAAGAAAUCGAAGAAACAGGCAUUUCCAAAGAGAGCUUACCUGGUUUCUUGGUAAAGACUUCGCCCAUGAACAAAGCUCCUCAUAAACAGGUUAUGAUGCAAGGAAAGGCACACUUGUAUGCCUAUCAACAGAACCCAUUCACCAUUAUUUUCUUAACCAAAAGUGGUACAUAUGAGGCCCAAAUUAGGGACAAUCGUAAGAGACUUGUACACACGGACAUGUUCGAAAACUAUUUGAGCAGAAGAGGAAUCAAUCCAAAUCAUUUGGAAGACUACGGCAAUGAAAUUGUAUUGAAUCCCCAUGAUGAAUUCUCAAGUUUGUUGACCACUGUUGCUCCUAGACCUUUGAACUGGGAUGACGAUAUUCACAAGAUGAAUGCCAUCACACAGCAAACGGAAGUCAAUGCUUCUCGUGAAUUGCAUUUGAAUCCCGAAUCGUUCAACUACAAGCACGAGGCUGUGCUCAAGCAGUUGCACGAUUACCAGUAUCGUUUAGACAAGCUUGAAGAAGCAUUUUCCAACGAGUUACGUUACAGCCCUGAAGUUUUCAACGAGUUUUCGCUUGAUCGUCAUGAGUUCAACCACUACUCUGGUCUUAAAACUGCAUCGGAAACUCCAAUUCAAGAGGAGCCAACAUACUAUAAGUUAGCUACUUUGCUCAAGAAGAACGGUAAUGUAGAUGCCGGCUGGCACUAUGAAUGGAGAUUCUUCAACGGUGCCUUAAGAUUUAUCAAAGACGAUACUUGGACCAUGAACCAGUUGGAAAUCAGAGAACAAAUCAUCUUAGAUAGAUUGUUGCGUAACUGGUUCAGAUUUGCAGAACAAAAGGGCAUCAUCUCGUGGAUAGCCCACGGACCUCUCUUAUCAUGGUAUUGGGACGGUCUCAUGUUCCCAUUCGACAUCGACAUCGAUAUUCAGAUGCCUUCAGCUGAAUUGAACAGAUUAUCCAAGCUCUAUAACAUGACGCUUGUAGUCGAAGACAUCGAUGAGGGCUAUGGUAAAUACUUGAUAGACUGUUCUACCUUCAUUCACCACCGUGACAUGGCAUACAAGGAUAACCACAUCGAUGCUCGUUUUAUAGAUGUUGACACGGGUACUUAUAUCGACAUCACUGGUGUGGGUAAGAACAACGAGAACCCUCCUCCGGAGUACGACAGCUAUAUCAGAAGCAAGAAUGCUAAAGGAGAAUCUGUAGAGUUGUACAUGGACAGAAGAAAGCACUGGUUGAACUUUGAGAAGAUCAGCCCCCUCAGAUACACACUGAUCAGUGGGGUUCCAGUGUAUAUUCCAAAUGAUGUGAUGUCCAUGCUCAACACUGAGUAUUCCCAUGGUACUUCGGCUUUCCACUUUGAUGGCUACUACUAUGUUCCAUGUCUUAGAUUAUGGAUUCAACAAGACAGAGUAGCCAAGAUCUUCAACGAAAAUGACUUCAAGGUCGGCGACAAAAUCGACAGAGACAAGCUUCUUAACUUGGUGGUAAAUAUGAACGAUAAUGACAAAGCCAGACUACUUGAAAGCGACGAAGAGUUACUCAUGGAGUAUUACUUGACUCAUAAGCACACUGGCUUGCACCAAUUAGAGAAGAAGUUUCUCUUGGAUGCUGGUUUGCAGCAUUCCAUUAUAGAUUUACACGAUAACUAUGAUUACCAUAUGUUGACGUCCAACUUUAAGAUGGGCAAGCCGUUGAGAAAGUCUUUGUUUGAUUUCGAGUACUUUGAGAGAUUUGAACACGAUGAGUACGAACCAGCAAAGGGAGAUGAGCCUCCUAAAAAAAUCAUUAAGCCAAAGGUCAAAUCACAGAGUUUGGCUGCUGGUAAGUUGGAGCCUAUAAAGGUUGUUCCUAAGCCAGAUCCUAUAGCUGAACUCUUUAAGGAUCAAAAGCCGGCAACUCCAAAGGAACCCGAACAACCAAAGGUAGCUGAACAACCAAAGGUAGCUGAACAACCAAAGGAACAACCAAAGGAGCAAUCAAAGGAACAGCCAAAGGGUAAUGAAGAACAAAAGGUACCGCCUAAAGAAGAAAAUAAAGAACAACAGGUAUAAUGAGUCCAUACACCUGCUAAUAAUCAAGGUCAAUUAGAACAUUUCGCAUUUACGUCAUUUUGCUAUUCGUAGCAUCCAUGUUUCACUGUAUAUUAGAAUAAACGUUAGAAUAU